AUUGCCCGGCGGGUGGCACGGACGGACCCGAGCGGGACCCGCUGGAGGCCCGGGGAGGACGCGGGGCAGGACCGGACGCCAGAGCCCGUUCCUGUGUCCUGAAAGUCGCCCACCUCCUCCAGCCCUCCAGACGCUCAUGGGGGACAUCAGCCAGGUGGUCUCUUUGGACUGUGAGAUGGUGGGCUUGGGUCCCGGGGGCCAUGAGAGCGGCCUGGCUCGCUGCAGCCUGGUGGGUUACCACGGCAACGUGCUAUACGACCGCUUCAUCCGGCCCGAGGGGACCAUCACAGAUUACCGGACACGUGUGAGCGGGGUGUGCAAGGAGGACAUGAGGAGUGCCACGCCAUUCUCUGAGGCCCGGGAGGAGAUCCUGAGGCUCCUGGAGGGCAAACUGGUGGUUGGCCAUGACCUCCAGCACGACUUUGAGGCGCUGAAGGCAGACAUGGCAAGUUAUGAGAUCUAUGACACCUCCAAGGACCGGCUGCUCUGGGAGGUGGGCGGGCUGGGGGCCUGCCGGAGGGUCUCCCUCAAGGUCCUCACGUUGAAGAUCCUCAAGAAGAACAUCCAGACUGGUUGGAGUGGGCAUUCCUCUGUGGAAGAUGCAAAGGCCACGAUGGAGCUCUACAAGAUAUCCAGGAAAAUCCGAGGUCGCCGGGCUGAAGCGGCUGUGCCGUGAUUGGCCGCCAAGGACCGCUGCCCUGUGGAUCUGGGUCUCUCUUAUGGGAGGAGUCAUCUCAGGGGAUCUCUUCCUCUCUUAGAAGGAAUAUCUCUGACAUGUCCUUUUUCUUUGUUUCAUAAA